AUGGCCCUGUUUGAGAAAAGAAGGGAGAUUGCUGUUCUUUUUGUGCCAGCAUUCCAACAACUGAAAUUUGUAGGCGCGUUCCAUGCGUGUCAAAAGCCACGGUGUAUCGAACUGUUGGUAGAAUACAAAAAGGUCAGUCAGUUUCUCAUCGCUCUUAACGAUGAAGAAAUAACUAGUUACACACCAUUGUUACAGGAAAUCAACCCUACUCUUUUGCUGGUUGUCUUGCAGUUGAUCUGGCACGAGAAAGAAUUCACAUCAGCAAGCAUUCCACCAAACGCAUGUGAGGACAAGGUUGGAAUGGUGUCUGUGUCGCCGCCAUGCUGGCAAACCACAAUCUUUAUAGAUGAGCAUACGUUUCAGCUUCAUCGCAUCUCACUCAGAAUUUGGACGCAUUUGAAUGACAACUCAACAUUUCCAGCUACCAAAAAUCAAACGAAAGUCAACGUUUGGGGAGGGAUGAGUGCUAGAGGCCUAAUGGCAGUAACACUAUUCAGUGAGAACCUUGACUCGAAAUUGUGUAGAUUAAUUCUGAACAAAUGCUUGUUCGAAACUGAUGAUGUUCUGUGCCCUGAUGGUUGGAGGCUACAACACGACAACACACCAGCUCACCGAUCAAGAGAAACAAAAGAGUUUCUCGCUCACAGAAAUGUUGAGGUGAUUUGACUGGCCUGCUAACUCACCAGAUCUAAAUCCUGUUGAGAGCUUAUGGAGUUCGAUAAAGCAUGAAGUGGAAAAAAGACGCCCAAGAACAAACAGAAUUAUAAGCCGGGAUACUAGACUUGUGGGAGCGCCUUACAGCAGUUGAUAUCGAACCGUAUUUUACGCAUUAUGUUAGCCGUCUUAGUGAGUGUUUAGCAAAUGGUGGUAGUCGUACUAAAUAUUAAUCUGUACCUUAAUUAACAUUUUUCACCUUGCGCAGUUUUUGUGCAUUGUUCUAGAAUACUAAAUAAGUCUAUA